GGAGUACACGCAUUGUUUACGAUUAUUAAAUGUUUUCAAAUCCUGUUCUACGUCAUUUAAUAUGGUGUGACGUACCAGACUGUUUAAAAAGAACGAUGGUACAGGUCAUGCCCCCCUCCCCCGACAACGUUGAAUGGUUCCAACCAACGCCUCUUGAUGACACAACGUGCUCGAGCGGGUAUUUCUUGGUACCGUAAAAUUGCAUACAAUAAUAAACAAACGGAGACAGAAUCUACAGGUUUCACAUGCUAAAUGUGGAGAUGAUCUGGGACCAGCUGGAACUCAAUCCGACAAUCAAAGCCGCAGUAAAGAGAGCUCAGCUUAAGUCUGUCCAGGAGGUUGUUUGUAUUUCUGGUCCAGAGCUCCAGAGAAUCACUGGUCUGAGCCGCUCCGAUGUCCAUCAGCUGCUCACUGCUGCUGCCACUGCCUGCAGGAGACAUCCACCAAUCACAGCCCUGCAGCUGCAGCAGGUCAAGGAUCAAAAGUUACGGACUGAUCUCAGACUCAGUGUCGGAUGUCCUGUUCUGGACCAGCUGCUGAGAGGAGGUCUGCCUGUAGGGGGCAUCACUGAGCUGUCAGGGCAGAGCGGAGCGGGGAAGACCCAACUGGCCCUGCAGUUCUGCCUGUCGGUGCAGUACCCAGCUGUGCAUGGAGGCCUGGACGCAGGAGCUCUGUAUAUCUGCACCGAGGACUUGUUUCCCAUCAAGCGCCUGCAGCAGCUAAUCUCAGAACAGUCUGUCCUUCGCUCUGACAUCCCUCCGUCUCUGAUCAGCAGUCUCCACUUCAGUGACCACAUCUUCAUAGAGCACGCUUCUGACCUGAACUCCCUCCAGGUGUGUCUGUCCCGCCGCGCCCCCCUUCUGCUGGCUCAGGGUCGGGUCCGGUUCGUCGUGGUUGAUUCGCUGGCAGCGCUGUUCAGGUGUGAAUUCCAAGCAGAUGAUUGGUUGGAGAGGAACAAACAGCUGCUCAGCUUUUCCUCCAUCCUGCGCCACCUGAGUCUGGAGUUUAACAUACCUGUUCUCUGCAUUAACCAGGUGACAGAUGUUUUCAACCAAUCAGAUGACAGUUUAGGUCCUUCGUCCUCUGCUGUGUCCCCUGCUCUGGGUCUGACCUGGGCCAAUCAGGUCCUGGUUCGACUGAUGAUGCAGCGUCUCCAUGGGACAGUUUCCCGUGGCGACCAAAACAGCACCCUUCGCAGGUUGGAGGUGGUGUUUGCUCCUCACCUGCCCCGUGGAGGACGAGAUGCUGCCGUCUGGAAGGAGGGGGUUCGUGGAGUCCUGGAUCCGGAUUAACUGGACAGUCUCGGGCAGACGUAAUCCAAAAUAUCUCAGAUUGGAGAUGAACUGACUGUUUAUCAGGCUUAAAUAGAAGUUCUGAAUGGAGUUCUGUUGUUUAACACUUUCAUAAACCAGCUAUGUUCAGAAACCUGUGGAUGGUUUUUAUGAUCACGGUCGGCUGAUGCGGACCUGCUGAUGUCACACUUCCUGAUCAGUUUCUGAUCAGCUGAUUUCAUAGAUCACUUUUUAUGUCCUACAUCUUUACAGAUUAAAACACGGACAUUAACCCCUCCGCCUGCGUGCUGUAACCGCAGUCAAUUCUGUCAAUAACACACGACAGGAAGUGGAUUGAUUUUCUUCACAAUAAAAGCAUGGAAAAAAUCUGAGGUGUGAAAGCUGUGAGAGGAGGAUUCAGGGGAAUGUCGCAUCUUAUCCUCUGAGACAGAUUAGUCUGACAUGUUUGACUUUAAACUCCUGCAACCUUUCUCAUUUCAUCAUAUCCCUAAUCUCCGCCCUUUCAGUCUCCUCCAUCCUUUCCCAGUCUCCUUUCUUUCCUCAUCUUCCGCUAUCUCAUUUUCUCAUCCUUCAUUUCAGUGUCUCCUCCAUUCUUUCCUUGUCUCUUUUUUUCACUCAUCUCUUCCAUACUUUCCCUGUUUCUCUCCUUUUCUUAUUUCAUUUCC